GCCAGUGUCAGGCACUCGUAUUUGGUUGUAUGUGUACCUGUGUAAAAGCGAGAGUCGGUCGAAUUUGUAUUGCUUUUUGAUUCGUUUUCAUUCGCUCUAAAGAAUUUUAUUUGAAACCAAUCUAUCCCUUGUAUUUAUAUGAUAGUAUCAAUAUUUGAUGCAUUUAAUAAAGAUUAGUCAAUCUAGAAAUUAAUUAUUAAGUAAUCAAAAUGAAAGCUGCCCUUGUAUUUGAUAGUGUUAAUGAUUUGGUGUUUGGAAAAUGGGAUGAUGUUUUCAUUGAGCGUAUGAAGACCUUUAGUGUACAGGAGAAUCAGAAUGAUGUAACGGACAACAAUACAGUGUCUCAGCUCCUGGCCCCAAUAAUAACAUCUCAGCGGGUGAUGGCUGCACAGUUUGGCAACACAUACUCAUCCAUGCAAUGUAAAGACAAGACUACUAUAGUAUUUGAUGAGUGGCUGGAUCAUGUAUUUGUGAUAAUCAGUGAAGACAAUGUUGAUGAUGCUCAUAGAGAACUGUUGGAUUUCAAAACAUUUGUGCAACACAUUUGUGGCCAAAAUGUUAAUCUACUGCAUUCCACAAUAUAUCAAGAUUGGCUCUCAGUUCUCUUAGAAAGUCGCACCAAAGGUGACACUAUACCAGGAGCUAAUGGUGUGAUUGGAGAGAGUGGCGCCACCAUGGCUGCACUAAAUGCCCUCAAAAGUGCUUCAAAAGACAUCAAGCUGCCAUACCAACAUAGUCAUCUUAUGUUGUUUGUAGGAGACAAGCUUCUGGCACUUUAUUCCAGUCGCGGAAGCGAAGACUUGUCGCCGCCUGAUUUAAUUUUACUAAGUAUUCAAUGCAUAGCAGCUCAAGAAUACUGGAAGGAUGUUGGCAAUGAAGACUCUGAUGAAAAUGAUUCCCAAAUUGUCCGAUUGCCUUGGUUGUCAACGGAAAAUAGUGCCGUCGUAAAUCUAUGCGCGGGACCCACAGGCAGCCCUUGUGCGCCGCAUUCUAUACACCUCGCUGAAGUCGCACCCAGAAUCACUUUCGCUGUCGUUGUUGAUAUGGAUUUGAGGGAAGUUGGUGUUUCGGCUUAUAUGGCAAAUCAAAUACUCUCUAAUUUAAGAAGACUGUUGUUGCAAAGGAAUUUGGAACUGUUGCCCAACACUUUGGACUCAUUAGAAGCAUCUUUAAAAAAGACAACAGACGCACUUCGCAAAAACAAAGCAAAUGCUAAUCUGUGUGCUCGUCUAACAAGUCGUAUGCUGGAACUGCGCAAGUCUUGUACGACUACGACCCCAUUAACUCCUGAGACAACAGCCACGGCAAUGCAUACCGCACUUGAAGCAGUGAUCGAGCAACUGAAGCCAGACAUACCAAGUUUAAAGAUGGAACAACCAUUGAAGAAUUUAAGAACCACAUUGUCCCCUUACGUUGAGUUCCUUUGUGUAAAAGCAAAGAGAUACUUCAGCUUGGGAUCGAGCACGGGCGAGUCAGACGCGAGUUGUUCCCUAACGCUGCACAAGUAUGUGGAGGAGUUCCCCGGGCUUAUCCACUUCAUCUACGUGGACCGUACCGCUGGAAGAUUCUUGGCUCCCGAUAUGGCUGAUUGCGCUGACAUGCUAGCACCAGAAACGGUCCGGCGCGCGGUGUGCCGCAGCCUGUGCGUGGUGCGCGAGGGGUACUGCGCGGGCACGUGGCGGCGCGGCGCGCUGCACGCGUGCGCGCUGCUGUGGUGGGAGCGGCGCGCGCAGCCCGUGCGCCCCGCCGCGCCGCCGCACCCCGCCGCCGUGCGCGCGCUGCCCCCGCCCGGGGACAUACAGGGCUCCUUCUACAGGCAACUAACAGAACUGGCGUUCCCAGGUGACUCUCGUGGCAUUACAGUGAAGGAACUAAUCUGUAUCCACUUGGGCUUGUUACCGGCAUCUACCGCAGUGCAGCAGGCACGACGCCUCGCACACACUGUGCACGAACUGGCUGGAGAGAUGGGUGCAGGAGCGGCCGAUCUGCUAUAAAUAUUUUGAAAGAUAUUUAUGUUCUCUACAAUUACAACUUGUAUAUCGACUAUAUCUUGCCAUGAUAUUGUAGUGUAAUAUCAUAUUACUGCCAAAUAAUUUCCUAAUUAAUUAGAAAAAUAAGUAGUUCUUGAAUUCCCCCUACCUAUAAGUUGCAAGUUAGGAACCUAAAAGUGGAUACCUAGUAAACUCUUCUUUACUAGUUCUAAUUGGAAUUUCUAUUCAAAGAAAGUAAGUUAUCCAUCUAAUAUUGUGUGUUAUAACAGUAUGAAAUUGUCAUUUACUGUGUUGUACUUAGCAUUUAAGUAUACUUUGCUGUUAUUUGUGUAGAUUAUCGCUAGUUUGUUAAUGGGUACUUGUUAACACAGUGUGAUGACAAUAUGAUAAGUAUUAUCACAUUUUCCAGUUGUACUCAUGCAUAGACUUGUAUUUAGUAUACUCUGUAUACUUAUUAUUAUUAACUAAUGUCAGUAUCUAUUAGUAUUAGCUUCUCUUCUCCUUUUUCUCUUUAAAUGUUGAACUUUUGAGUACAUGUACAAAAGUGGGCUUAUUCAAUCUAUGAAAUUAAUUACGGUAUUGAAAAU